AUGAUGGUGGACUGCAUUUAUAAGCCACUUUUAAAGGACAACUGAGUUUGACAUGGAGGUGUUUUGAGUUAAUUGCGUCUCAGUUGUAUUGUUGGGUUGCCAAGUCAUGCUUUACUCGAACAACAUCCCAUAUUGAAGAACAGGAGGGAUAACGGAUCUUUACCAGCUUUGAAAACUGUUGUUUGGGAUCAUUUCUAGAAACAUGGCAAUGUCCCUAACGCAAGCCUGCCGGAGUCUUGCCCUGUCUGCUUGGCUACUGUCUUUAUGCUUUGUGCAUUUGCUGUGUCUGGACUUCACAGUGGCAGAGAAAGAGGAAUGGUACACUGCUUUUGUCAACAUCACCUAUCUGGAUCCAGUGACAUCUGAAAUCAAGACAGAGAAGACUGAGUGUGGUAGAUAUGGGGAACACUCUCCUAAAAGGGAUGCCAAGGGCUUUGUUUUUAUGCCUUCUCUUCUGCAGGACAGGCAGGCGUGUGACAGUAAUACUAAAUUCCCUCUUCCAAAUCCCAACAGUCCAUGGAUAGCACUGAUAUCCAGAGGGAAUUGCACAUACAGAGACAAAAUCAGGCAUGCUGCUAGUCUCAAUGCAUCUGCUGUGGUCAUAUUCAACAUGGGCUCCAGCAACUCUAAUGAGACUAUAACAAUGCCACAUCAAGGUACCGGUGAUGUGGUUGCCAUCAUGAUUCCAGAGCCCAAAGGUCGUGAGAUCGUCGCCCUGUUGGAGAAGAACAUCACUGUGGUGAUGCACAUCACCAUCGGCACACGAAAUCUCCAAAAAUAUGUCAGCCGCACCUCUGUGGUGUUCGUCUCCAUCUCCUUCAUCAUCCUCAUGAUCAUCUCUCUCACCUGGCUCGUCUUCUACUACAUCCAACGGUUCCGCUACGCCAACGCACGAGACCGCAACCAGAGGCAACUGGGGGACGCUGCAAAAAAAGCCAUAAACAAGUUACAAGUACGAACCAUCAGGAAGGGUGACAAGGAAACUGAGUCAGACUUUGACAACUGCGCAGUUUGUAUCGAAGACUACAAACCUAAUGAUGUUGUCAGGAUACUGCCUUGUUGUCACGUGUUCCAUAAGAACUGUGUGGACCCUUGGCUUCAGGAGCACAGAACCUGUCCCAUGUGUAAAAUGAACAUCCUAAAAGCCCUGGGAAUCUUGCCCAAUUCAGACUGCUCUGAUGAUAUCCCUCCUGAUUAUGAGAUGUCAAUCAGUGGCCCGCCCACCAAUCCCUUGACGGGGGCGAGUGAGGUCACAGUGGGGGAGAACUCUGUGGUCCUUGAUCCAGCUGUCAGAGCAACAGGCCUGUUGCACAUUUACCACGAGAUCGACUCCUUUCCGCAAGUCCAACAGGGCAACCACAUCGCCAGCAGUGAGCACCAGCCCACUUUAAGCAUUGACUCGGACACCUCCCUCAUCAUGCCGGUGGAGCUGGUCCUGUCUGAUGUAGAACUUCAGCCUGAACCAGAACAUGAAGAAGUGAAGUCCUGAGAGCAGAACCUGAAGACUCAAUGUGCCAUAAAUGGAGAAGAACUGCAGUGGAGCACAAAGACAAAACAAGAACAUAAAGCAAUAGUAGCACACGUGUGCAACCUCCUUUAUUGACCCCCUGGUCUCAUCAGCCUUGAAAACGAGUCCCACAUCCACAAAAGUGCUUCUGUUUUCUGAAUGUUUCCAUGUCAAUGACCUGUCUUUGAAUCCUGAGCUUGUUGAGGGCAUGCCACAUUUAGAUGUUUCCAUACUGCUUUGUGGAAAUGUUGACUGUUUCAACUUCCCUAUGGGAUCACUGCCAAUAUACGCCCAGAUAUUCCAAAAACAAUCCAUACAACUACAUGCAUUUAAUGCAUAGAUGUAUGUGGCCAACUGCAUUUGCUUUGAGUGUCAAAAGCAGGUUGUUUUUAUUUUAACCAGCAUCCGUGACGUCCUACGGUAGUUCUUUAAACAGUCAAGUGUUAUCACAGAUAAUCCUUGAGAAGUAUCACCAGUGCAUGUCGUAUGCAAAACGGAUGCUGUUCGCACAUUAUACGUGUCAAAUCAUCUCACAGCAACAAGCAGCAAGUCUUCUGAAGGCAUACCACAGGUUUUGGCGAAAUGUAUAUCAUAUUUCAGUAAAAGUAUUGUCGUCUGUUAUGCGUUCAUGAGCUCUAUGAGAGGAGCGUGUUGACAGGAGAGCUGGAAUAAAUGAAUGCACAAUGGAUGUCAAGAUUUUGUACGUUUUCUUAAAGGGAUAGUUCACCCAAAAAUGAAGUUCUCAUCAUUUACUCACUCGAAUCCAAUCACAGACUUUCUUUCUUCUGCAGAACACAAAUGAAGAUUUUUAGAAGAAUAUCUCAGCUCUGUUGGU